AGACAUUUAGUGGAUAUGCUUAUACGCUAUGAUAUAUACGCUGUUAGAAUAGCUGAUAUGGGUCUUAAUAUCCAACUUGAAAUUGAUGAGGAGAAUGGACAUCUUGGAGAAGCUUUACACUCGGGUCGCGCUGAGUAUGUAUGUAUGGAUCUUCGAAACAAAUCUCAAGUCUAUAAAGCUUGUGAUGGAGUGGAAGUAGUUUUUCAUAUGGCUGCUCCAGAUUCUUCAAUCAAUAACCACCAGCUACAUUAUUCAGUCAAUGUGCAUGGAACAAAGAACAUAAUUGAUGCUUGUACUGUGCUAAAUGUGAAAAGGCUUAUCUAUACUAGUUCUCCGAGUGUAAUAUUUGACGGGUCACAUGGAAUAUUUAAUGGGGUUGAAGGAUUGCCAUAUCCUGCUAAGCACAUUGAUUCCUAUUCCUCAACUAAAGCUGAAGGAGAGGCAUUAGUUAUUAAGGCUAAUGGUAUGAAUGGACUUUUGACAUGCUGUAUCCGUCCUAGUAGCAUUUUUGGUCCUGGUGAUAGAUUGUUUGUUCCAUCACUAGUUGCCGCAGCAAGGGCAGGCAAAUCAAAGUUUAUAAUUGGGAACGGAAAGAACAUGUAUGAUUUCACUUAUGUUGAAAAUGUUGCACAUGCCCAUGUAUGCGCUGAAAGAGCUCUUGCAUCAGGCGGUACCGUCUCUAAAAGAGCUGCAGGCGAGGCUUAUUUCAUAACUAACAUGGAGCCAAUAAGGUUUUGGGAGUUCAUAUCCCUCAUUCUUGCUGGCCUUGGCUAUGAAAGGCCAAAAAUCAAGAUUCCUGCCUUUGUUAUGAUGCUGAUUGCACAUUUGGUUAAGCGUAUAUAUCACUUGUUGGCACCAUAUGGUAUGAAGGUACCACAGCUGACACCUUCAAGAAUCACACUCCUAAGUUGCCACCGAACGUUUAGCUCUUUCAAAGCAACUGAUCGUCUAGGUUACAGACCUAUCGUGCCCCUUCAGGAGGGUCUUAAAAGAACUAUUGAAUCAUUUUCUGAUCUGAGUGUUGAAGCUUUCCUUAGAAGGAAAGGGCCUUCUAAGGCUUCUAUAUGUCUUGGAGGCGGAAUGGUUGCCGACAUAUUUCUAUGGAAGGAUAUAAAGUUGACACUCAGUGCCAUGCUAGCUUUGUUUGCAUUCUAUGUCUGUUUUGUAUUACCUGGAAAUACCAUGAUUACUGCAAUUUCAAAGGUCUUCAUCAUUGCGUCGGUCUUUUUGUUUAUCCACGGGAAGUUGCCUGAUAAGUUGAUGGGUUAUUCAAUUGAUAAAAUUGCAGAAUCUAACUUCCAAUAUACAGAUAGUAUGGCGCGCGAAAUUUCUUUAUCAGUGAUUUCCUUAUGGAGUUCUGCAGCAGAUAGUUUUAGAUCUAUUUCUCGUGGGAGUGACUCGGUGCUAUUUUUCAAGACCGCAGUAUCACUCUCCAUCAUUGCGUUCAUCGGAUCCUUGUCACUGCAAACUUUCUUCUCAAAAGUGCUUCCGUUGGCCUUUAUCGCGUUCUACAUAUAUGAGCGAAAGGAAGAUGAAAUCAAUGGAUUUCUUCUAAAGGUUCUCCCAAUUGGACGCUUGUCAAAUCCUUAAACUUUUAUGAAGAAACAUGAGCAGUUUAACUACUUGGGAUACUUAUGCAGAGUUAUUAUGUUCUCAGGUGACGUAAAUCUAACAAAAUUUUGAACUUGUGGAGUUGUGGGUAUAUAAUCCGUUUGUUCAUAAAAUAUAACACUCUUAUGACACUCGAUACAUGCAACAAUUUAAAUCGGUUUU